CACCGCCCAAGAGCUUGCGUCUGCUCUCAACAUCUCGGCUUUGGCUCUUCCCGGCAACUCACACUUUCAAAAUUCCAUUCACAAUCGUACCUGAAAACGAAUCAAAUAUGAAGGCAUAAGAUGGUGAGAUUAAAAAGUUGUUUAACUCCGAAUCUCCAUAUAUGAAAGAUUGAUAUUCAAUUUAUUUACGAUCUUUCAAACGUCGUGAGCACUUGCCCCACCAAGAUCGCGUCACCCCAGGCGAGACCGUGUCUCGAGUUCCAGAAAAAAAAAUCUGCCACACUUCACUUCCUCAAUGAAGCCUCAAUGGACAGCAAUCACCACGAGGCCGCCAUGGCAAUCGAUUGCAAGGCAUGCAGUUUGCAAACAUGCUAACAUCCAGGAGAAAGCUCCUGCUCUCCAACGACGAUUCUUCAAUGCAUCAUCAAGCUCAAAUCGUGCGAGGGCAGCUCAUGCUUUUCCUCGCUAUGCCAUCCUCUACCGAAGACCCUUCGAGGUGGCCAGACCCUCCGAUCGAAGCCCAAUUAUCUCUCCAUAUCGUCAAUUAUCGACUACGAAAUACUCUGCCGGCUCCAUGAAGCAGCACGAAGCAAUCGUCCAAUCUAUCUCGACCACCGUGCGAGCCUACUACGAAAAGAAAGAGAAGUUCCGCAUCUACCACGGCUCAACGAACAGCACGCGCUCUGCACUCAAGAGGAACCUAGUGGAUACCAGCAAGCUAUGCAACGUCCUGUCCGUCAAUACAGAGGAGAAAACAUGUCUAGUGGAGCCAAACGUGCCGAUGGACCGCUUGGUAGAAGCAACGCUUGCACACGGCCUCGUACCACCAGUUGUAAUGGAGUUCCCGGGUAUCACGGUGGGAGGGGGGUAUUCUGGCACAUCAGGGGAAAGCAGCUCGUUCAAACAUGGGUUCUUUGAUAGGACGAUCCUGGCUGUGGAGAUGGUGCUUGCGGAUGGAGAGGUGGUGAUGAUUUCUCCUGAAGAGAAGGGGGAUCUGUUUCAUGGUGCUGCGGGGGCGGUGGGGACAUUUGGGGUCACGACUUUGGUUAAGCUGCAGCUGCAGGAUGCGAAGAAGUAUGUUGAGACGACGUAUUAUCCUGUGCGGAGUAUGGCCGAAGCUGUAUCGAAGCUCCAGGAGGCAACUGCGGAUACGGAGCUGGAUUAUGUGGAUGGUAUUAUGUUCUCCAAGAACCAGGGUGCUAUUGUGACUGGCCGUCUGACGGACCAGCUUAAAGAUGGCAUCUCGGUGCAAUGCUUCAGUGCAGGCAAAGACCCAUGGUUCUACCUCCACGUUCAAGAAGCCAUCACCAAAAAUCCAGCACCAACAACAGAAGCCAUCCCCCUCCCCGAAUACCUCUUCCGGUACGACAGAGGUGGCUUCUGGGUUGGAGCCUCCGCCUUCUCCUACUUCAAAUUUCCCUUCAACAAACUGACCCGCUGGUGGCUAGACGACUUCCUGCAUACACGGAUGAUGUACACCGCUCUCCACGCCAGCGGAGAGUCCAAAAAGUAUGUCGUGCAAGACCUGGCUCUACCCUACUCCACCGCUGAGCAAUUUGUCAAGUACACAAACGAGGAAUUCGGCAUCUAUCCGCUGUGGCUGUGCCCUUUGAAACAGAGCCCUUACCCGACUAUGCACCCGCAUUUCAAUGAGCUGGAAGCAGAUGGCGAAAUUUUGAAGCCGAUGUUGAAUAUUGGACUUUGGGGUUUUGGACCGAAGCACCAUGAUGAAUUUAUCAGGAAGAAUCGGGAUCUGGAACGGAAGUUGAGGGAGCUGGGUGGUAUGAAGUGGCUUUACGCUCAUACUUAUUAUGACGAAAACGAGUUCUGGGAGCAGUUUGAUCGGGAGUGGUAUGAUGGGUUGCGAAAAAAGUAUGGAGCAGAGUCGUUGCCGACUGUGUAUGAGAAAGUCAAGGUUGAUGUUGAGAAGGAGAAAGCUCUGGAGGAUAUAUCGAUACUGGGGAGGUUAGUGCAGACUUGGCCUUUUGGGGGGUUUUAUGGGAUUUGGAAGGCGAUUCGGAGUCGGAGUUAUGUUGAGGCUAGGAGGUCGGUUUGGAAGGAGUAUGGGAGGAGGAAGUGAGAGGUAGACUCGCGCUCUGGCUUUGUUGUCGGUGAACUCGUGGCAAUUGUUUUGCUGGAGAAGAAAGUCAACUGUAUAUAUAUUAUAAUGGAAAUCCAGACGCGAAGUCCUAGAGGAAUAGAAUAGAAUACUCCAGUCACGAAGCAAGUUCUUUC